AUGAGACUGAGCACCGUCGGACCGCAGAUGCGAGCCUUCACCAGUCGCACGCAAGUAGGCAGUGCUGAUUGGCCUGUUGAGUUAACCGUCCAAGAGUGUCCGCGGUUGCUGAAGAAAGACAUGAAACACCUUUUCCCUGGAAUGAAUUUCGACAAUGUAAACAUCAGUGUGAUAAACAUCACUCAAAAGACGGAACAUGAUAUGAAAGUAUGGAGCGGAAAGAUGGAGCAAGAACGCGAGAUACUCACUGCUUCAUUCAUUUCGUCAGCUAUAGCUAUGUGCGCAACACUUCGUCGUUGUGGUUAUUGGGCUGAUUUCAUAGAUCCCUCUUCCGGGAGACCUUACCUAGGGAAAUUCACCAAUCAUGCUCUUUUCGAAACAGAUGAUGCUUAUAAGCAAAUGGGCUUCCGCAUUGAAGAUCUGGGAUGUUGCAAGGUGCUCCAACACGUAGCAUGGGGAUCUCGAGCGUUUGUCGGUACGUUGUUCACAGACGCUCCAAUCGAUUGUUCGAUCAUACAGGAUUUCAUAAAAAAGGUGAACACGGAUGAUGCGGUUGUCAAUAACCGUGAAUAA